UUUUGGAGAAAUAAUUAGCAAAUGGAUUUGUAUAUUCAAUUGCCUCCUAUAAAAGGAGGUGCAAUAGGAGGAAGAUCGCAUGCACAAUAACACAAUUGAAUAUUAUCAAGGAUAUUGUAGGUGGCAUCAUGUCUCCUUCUCCUCCUCCUACUGCUUUACUUGUUCUACUGCUACUAGUGUUUGUCGCCGUCGUCUGCAAGGAAACUACGCAUGCCUCAGCUUUGAAUGCUGCUACUACAAUGGGAGUGUCCCCGCAAAAGUUGGAGAGGAUUCAAAGAUACUUGGAAAAGAUAAAUAAACCUGCUGUAAAAUCCAUUAAAAGCCCAGAUGGAGAUAUCAUCGACUGUGUUCUUAUGAACAAGCAACUAGCUCUUGAUCAUCCUCUUCUAAAAAAUCACAAAAUUCAGAAAGUAGCACCCAAGAGGCCAGCUUCGCGGUCCGAAGCUGGUAACCAACAACCGAGAAAUGGAACCACGAGAAGGGCUUGGCAGGCAUGGAACCAUGUCGGAAACUGCCCCGAAGGAACAGUGUCGGUGCGGAGGACGACAGUGGAGGAUGUGUUGCGAGCCGGAUCUCUCUCUCGCUUCGGCAAGAAGAAAGUUCAUAAACAACCUGUUGGCGCGCCUUACACGGGACAUGAGGUAUUAACUAUUGUUUACCCUGCAAUGUAUGGAGACAGCACAACCAGACUAUUCAUCUACUGGACGAGGGACGCAUAUAAGACUACGGGUUGCUACAACUAUAUGUGCCCAGGAUUUGUGCAAACAAGCAACGAAGUAGUCCUCGGAGGAACGAUAGCCCCAGUAUCGACGUACGAUGCCGACCAACGUGAAAUUACAAUUCUUGUGCGGAAGGAUCCAAAUAGUGGCAAUUGGUGGCUUAGCUAUCAAAAUAUUGAUGUUGGUUACUGGCCAAAUGAGAUCUUCACGCACCUCGCGAGCUACGCCACUUCGGUGGAAUGGGGUGGAGAGAUCGUGAACAACGACGUCAACGGGCAACACACGACGACCCAGAUGGGUUCGGGCCACUUCGCGGAGGAAGGGUACCGAAAGGCAAGCUACUUCCGCAACGUCGAGGUCGUAAAUUCUGCUAAUGCCCUCAUCCCACCCCAGUCUGCCGGCACCAAUGCAGGGAACCCCAACUGUUAUGAUAUUCAGACCUUCUCCAACGCGAACUGGGGGUUUUAUUUCUUCUACGGUGGCCUGGGCAGAAACCCUGAGUGCCCUUAAUGCGAGAAUUCAAAAUACUACGCUCUCCUACUAACUGCUAUACUAUAGAUGCUGUAUUUGAUAUAUUUGAAUAAAAACCCCAAACUCGUUUGUGGGCGAGUACCAGAGUUAUACUAUCGAUACUGUAUUUGAUAUAUUGGAAUAAAAAUUCCAAACUCGUUUGUGAGCGAGUACUAGAGUUUGGGAAUCUAAUAUGCUCCAAUA